CAUCUGGUGAUGAAGAACAGCCCGUCAUCAUCGCUCACACGCUGUGGUCCUGCCUGAACACUGAGCCUCACUGAGGGGGAUUCUGGUCACAUUCAACACUAACGGCAGCCUGUGGAUGUGUCAACAUUCAGACACCAACAGGGUUGGAUUCAUUUGUCUAUUUAUUAAAGCUCAGUGGUGGACACACUUCCGCUAAUAUGCUAAUAGAGGAGCUAACUUUUUGGUAGCACUUUGACUAACUUGGAAAACGUUUCCCUAAAUUACUUUUUCCAGAAAAUUUGAAAGCGCUAAGCUAAAAAUUUGCUCUGCUAACCAGCUAAUUUUUAGCUUAGCACUUUUGCCAGCUGAUUGCUAGGAUUUGUUCAGGUAGUUCGAUGUUUAUAUUCAUGAUCUUGUUUCUUAAGUGUGUGAAGACUGUUUAGGUUCUCCUUGAGUUCACAGAUGCAGCAAACGAUGUUCAUUCUGUACCCAUAAUGCAUUGCUGUAGUUGUACAGUAAAGAGUUUAAAAUCUACUGAUGUUCUGCGUGUUUUCAGACUGAAGUCCUUCUCUGGUCAAUUAGGCAAAAUCAACAACGGUGAUUUAUUGAUUCAACAAUAAAUGGAUGUGGCUAGAGAAGCUGAGCCCAAAGAAUCACUGGUAAUUCAUUGGGUUAUUAUUACACAAACUCCUAUAUCUCUGAAAAGUUACUAAGUUAGUUUUAUCCUAUUUCAAGUGUACUAAGAUAUUUACACAAGAAACUAGACCUAAAUUACUUUGUUUUUGCAGUGUAUGAAUAAAAGGAGCUUUUUUAGGAAUUUGUCUGAAUGGAAACAAAUUUAAACAAAUGUUAAUAAUUACACAGUAAAUAUGCUGAUUUGUGGAUGAUAUCAUGAUCUAUAGAUUUUUAAGCAACUCUGACAUCAAGGACUGGACCCUUAAUAAUUCAGUUACAUGGAAUCAGUUGAAUCUAAAAUGACAAACUGGAUUGAUGACCAGAAACCAUUUAAAUAUUUAAAAAAAUAUUUAAAUGAAAAACAAUACCACUGCAGACUGAGACAGAACAAACACCACACAAGACAUUUUGGUUUUUAUUUGAAAAAUUUUGACACAGAAACACAACCACAGGGAGAAGGUGAUGGAUGUCAGGUGAGGAUGAACUCAGUUGCAGUCCAGUUCUUCCAGUUAGCACUGGGCAGGCUCUGUGUUGCUUUAAAUGAUUUCCAAUUAAAGCAAAUAAUAGUUAAAACAGGAUUAAUUAUGUUAUGCUUCAUUAACUCUGUGUAAAUAAAUGAAAAUGUCCUGCGUCACAUGAAGGUUGACUGAAGAAACGGGACUGAAACUGGGCCAGAGCGUGCAUCAGAAUGCAUAACAACAGGACAGAGCCGUAGGUCCGGUUGGGACAGGGCAGGGUCAGAGGUCACACCACAAGAAUCAGCAUGCAACAGAAAGGUGCGGGGUCAGCAUGGGUCACAGCGUGGGCAAAUUGCAACAGAAAGGGGCGGAGUCAAUAUGUAAAGAAUGAUGCGUCAUGACAGAAUCUGUCCAGGAAGAACGAUCCGCAAUGACAUCACGGCGUUAGCACAGGCGCUAAAGGAAAUACUUCCAGAUGGAUAGGGUUCCCUUGGCAAACACAUUCCUAAACUUACAGGUGAUUUCUGGUUAAAAAAAACCCCAGAUAAAAUCACCGUUGAAUGCACUUUGGUCAGUUUAAAAACAAUGCUGAAAGUAAUUAUUUUAAUAAAUAGAUUCACUCCAGGAACAAAUUUUUUUUAGUUCAUGUGCAAAUGAGUUGAUGGUUCAGAUCGAGCUUCUGGGACAGAUUGUGCAGUAACAACAUCUGGUCAGUAUGUAUUAAAAUGGAGCGUGCUCCAAAAAUUGGGCAUGACCUGUAGAUGUCAUGUGUCAGAGUUAGAGUCCAUCAAUAUGUAUAAAAAUUGGGGGCAAGUCUGUACUUCAAACCGGACUGAAACUGGGUCAGAGCGUGCAUCAGAAUACAUAACAACAGAGUGGAACAGUAGGUCUGGUUGGGACAGGGCAGGGUCAGAGGUCACAAGAAUCAGCAUGCAAAAGAAAGGUACGGGGUCAGCAUGGGUCACAGUGUGGGCAAUUUGCAGCAGGAAGGGGUGGAGUCAAUAUCCAAAGAACAUUUAUGUACAUAAAUUUGAUGUGACCGGUAUUUAUUACAAUAGCGUGGAGUCAGUGUGUCUAGGAAUGGGCAUGGUCAGCAUGUAUAUAAAAUGGGGUAGGGUCGGUAUUGGAACGGGGCGGAGUCCAUAUCGGAACAGGGUGGAGUCAGUAUCGGAACGGGGCGGAGUCCAUAUCGGAACAGGGUGGAGUCAGUAUCGAAACGGGGCGGAGUCCAUAUCGAAACAGGGCGGAGUCAGUAUCGAAACGGGGCGGAGUCAGUAUCGAAACGGGGCGGAGUCAGUAUCGGAACAGGGCGGAGUCAGUAUUGGAACAGGAAAGAGUCAGUAUCGAAACAGUGCGGAAUCAGUAUCGGAACGGGCGGAAUCAGUAUCAGAACGGGCGGAGUCAGUAUCGAAACAGGGCGGAGUCAGUAUCGAAACGGGGCGGAGUCAGUAUCGAAACGGGGCGGAGUCAGUAUCGGAACAGGGCGGAGUCAGUAUUGGAACAGGAAAGAGUCAGUAUCGAAACAGUGCGGAAUCAGUAUCGGAACGGGCGGAAUCAGUAUCAGAACGGGCGGAGUCAGUAUCGGAACGGGCGCAGUCAGUAUCGGAACAGGACGGAGUCAUGAUCCGAACAGGGCGGAGUCAGUAUCAGAACAGGGAAGAGUCGGUAUCGAAACAGGGCGGAGUCAGGAUCGGAAUGGGCGGAGUCAGUAACUAUAUUGUAACAUUUGGCUUUAUGAUUUUAUGACUCUUAGUGAGGAAUUUU